AUGAUGAAGGCCUUCGACCUGUCUGGAAAGACUGCUAUUAUCACAGGUGCAAGUAGAGGGAUAGGAGCAAGUUGUGCAAUAGGUUUAGCAGAAUCAGGAGUCGACUUAAUCCUCUUCCUUCGUUCAAAUACGUCAGAAACGAAAUCAUUGGAAGAAAAAAUCAAAUCUUAUGGCCAUAAAUAUCAAAGAGUUGAAUGUGAUUUAUCAAAAGGAAAAGUCGAGAUUGAAAAAGCUUUUAAAGAAGCUGAAAAGAUUAUCAUUGAAGAAUGGAAAAAAGAGAAAGGGAUUGAAAUUUUGGUUAAUGCUGCUGGGAUUCAACAUAGAGCUGAAAGUGUCGAAUUCAGUGAAAUGAAAUGGGAUCAAGUCAUGGAUGUUAAUCUCAAAUCAGUGUUUUUACUAUGUCAACUUGUGGGCAAACAUAUGAUUAAGCGUAAAUAUGGAAAAAUUAUCAACUUUGCAUCACUUCUUAGUUUUCAGGGAGGAUAUACAGUACCGGCCUAUGCAGCUUCUAAAGCUGGUAUAAGCUCAUUAACUAAAUCACUCAGUAAUGAAUGGGCAAUUCAUAAUAUCACUGUCAAUGCUAUCGCACCUGGUUAUAUUGAAACUGAGAUGAAUACCGACUUGAUUCAGAAUCCAAUUCGAUCUAGACAAAUCUUGGAAAGGAUUCCGGCUGGUAGAUGGGGUUCCGCUGACGAUCUUACCGGUCCUGUUCUCUUUUUGGCCAGUGAUGCUAGUAGGUAUGUUAAUGGGACUACUUUGACUGUUGAUGGGGGUUGGAUGGGUAGGUAG